GAGGCUCAACACUUUUUAACGUGUGUGCGCGUGUGCGUGUGUGUGAUUUGUCAGCAGGAUCAUCAGAGGCGCCAGUGCAUGUGCGAGUUUUGCAGUGCUGUGAUUGGCAGCGGCUGCGCGCGGGUCUGAUCAGAUGUGCGUCCCCGCGACUCCUCCACACCUGUGCGCGUGCCUCCCGGCGGAUUUACCGGCACUCUGACGGGAUUUUAACGCGAUUAACGGCACGAUGAAGGAGAAAUCAAAGACUGCGGCGAGGACGCGGCGGGAGAAGGAGAACAGCGAGUUUUACGAGCUCGCCAAAAUGUUGCCUUUGCCGUCCGCCAUCACGUCUCAACUGGACAAAGCGUCCAUCAUCAGACUGACCAGCAGCUACCUGAAGAUGAGACUGGUGUUCCCGCAAGGUUUGGGAGAGGUGUGGGGUCAAGCGGGGCGAACCAGAUCUGGAGAAAACCCAUCCCAUGAGCUCGGAUCUCAUUUACUCCAGGUAAUAAUCAGCAAGAUGCUCCAGACUUUAGACGGGUUUAUAUUUGUAGUGGCUGCGGAUGGGAAGAUCAUGUACAUCUCUGAGACGGCGUCGGUUCAUCUGGGCCUUUCACAGGUAGAAUUGACCGGAAACAGUAUUUAUGAAUACGUUCAUCCGGCGGAUCAUGACGAGAUGGCGGCGGUGCUGACUCCACAACCUUCAUAUCAUUCACACUUCGUCCAGGAGUACGAGGUGGAGCGAUCGUUUUUCCUGAGGAUGAAGUGUGUUUUGGCGAAGCGAAACGCCGGACUGACGAGUGGAGGAUAUAAGGUGAUCCACUGCAGCGGGUACCUGAAGAUCCGCCAGUUCAGUCUGGAUGCGUCUCCGUUCGAUGGCUGCUAUCAGAACGUGGGUCUGGUGGCCGUCGGACACACACUCCCACCGAGCGCCGUCACAGAGAUCAAACUACACAGCAACAUGUUCAUGUUUCGAGCCAGUCUGGACAUGAAGCUCAUCUUCCUGGACUCACGGGUGUCAGAUCUGACCGGGUAUGAGCCACAGGACCUGAUUGAGAAGACCCUGUAUCAUCACGUGCACUGCUGUGACAGUUUUCACCUGCGCUGCGCUCAUCACCUCUUGCUGGUCAAAGGUCAGGUGACCACUAAGUAUUACCGCUUCCUGUCAAAGCGAGGUGGCUGGGUUUGGGUGCAGAGCUACGCCACAAUCGUCCACAACAGCCGCUCGUCUCGACCGCACUGCAUCGUCAGCGUCAACUACGUCCUCACGGACACGGAGUAUAAGGGCCUGAUUCUGUCUCUGGAUCAGCUGAAUCCCAGAAAACCAGCCUUUCCCUACGCAAACCACAGCGAUAAAACACACACGACCAACAGCAGGAGUAAAAUCCUGCUCUCUCACUACUCACAGUUUUCCUCCUUCCCGCCGGAUCGCUCAGACUCGGAUCACGACAGCCAAUGGGAGGACAGUCCUCUGACAGACUCCGCCUCCCCGCAGCGUCUGGACCGCAGCGAUUCGGUGUGCUUCAGCCUCGCUCAGAGCGACGUGAUGCAGUCGUGUUCACAAACACACACACCUCUGUUCAACAGAGACGGCUGGUGGGACGCACGCGCCGCAAACCAGCACUCGCACGCGGUGUGGGAUGAGGAUCUGAGCUCUUCUUCAGCUCAGUCUGCAGACGGUGCUCAGAGUCUGAUCAGAGCCGCGCCGGAGCUCAUUAAGGUGGAGGAGGCUCACAUGCGGGAUUAUUCCUCCUCCUCUCUGUUCUCCUCCGCCCGCCACAGAGAUGGAGAUCCGGACGGCAGCCCCGCGUCUCUGUCGGCCCUCAGCAGCCCCGGCUCCGACAGGCCGUCCCAGCCGCUGUCAGCCUCUCCGCCCGCGCUGGAGACCACACACACACACCCCAGCCUGCGCGCGUAUUCUGCACACUACGACAUCAACACACACUUCCAGAGCAGCACAACGGCACACAACGGCACGUCUGUCAUCAUCACCAACGGCAGCUGACGGAGAAACACUCGCGCUUUCAUCCAGACACAUCUGAAAACACUGGCGUCAUGCAGCGCUAAACUCAUGUUCUGUGUGUGCAGGAAGUUAAUCAAAAUAUUGAGGCAGAGACCAGGCGUAAUGUGUUCUGACACAAUGAUUUCAUUAGCAGAAGAUCCCAACAUUUGUUUGCAAGAGCCUUUUAGUAGCUACAUAGCAACACCUUAGCAACAAGACCCAGAGAGUUACUCAGAACACUUAAAUAAAUGCAUCGCAACACCAUAGCAACCAUUUUAAAACAUCCAAUCAGUAACCCAGUAAACUUACCUAACUGGCCUUAACAGUGAGAACAUUUUAGUAACUGCAUAGCAAUACACUAGCAACCACCAAUACUACCCUAGCAACAAGACACAGGGAGUUGCUCAGAACGCUUAAAUAACUUCAUAGCAACACCUUAGCAACCAUUUAUUAACAUCCAAGCAGUAACCAGGGAAACUUUUAUGACUACCAACCACUAUCACCACACUAGCAGCCAUAAAGUAUGGCCUAAACAGUAAGAACAUGCAUAACAACACCCUAGCAACCACCAAUAUCACCCUAGCAAUGAGACAGGAAGUUGCUCAGAACAUACUGCAACAGUGCUAACCAACUAUCGACACCACCCUAGCAACAAAACCCAGGGAGAUACCCAGAAAACUUUAAUAACUGCGUACCAACACCCUAGAAACAACCCUAGCAACAAGACCUAGGGAAUAAACCAGAAUACUUGGGUAACUGCAUAGCAACACCCUAGCAGCCACCAACACCACCCUAGCAACAAAAACCAGAGAUAUAUUCAGAACACUUUAGUAGCUACAUAGCAACACCCUAGAAACAAGACCCAGGGAGUAACCCAGAACACUUAAAUAACUGCAUAGCAACAUCCUACAACCAUUGAGCAACAUCCAAGCAGUAACCCAGGAAACUUUCAUGACUACCAAACAUGAAACCACAUAGGAACACCCUAGCAACCACCAAUACCACCCUAGUAACAAGACCCAGGGAGAUGUUCAGAACAUUUUAGGAACUGUGUAGCAACACCCUAUCAACCACCAACACCACCCCUAGCAACAAGACCCAGGGAGUAUCCCAGAACACUUAAAUAUCUGUAUAGCCACACCCUAGCAACUACCAACAGCAUCCUAGCAACAAAACCCAGGGAGUAAACUCGAACACUUUGGUAACUGCAAAGCAACACCCUAACAACCACCAACACCCCUCCUAGCAACAAGACCCAGGGAGUAACCCAGAACACUUUAGUGACUACAUAGGAACACCCUAGCAACCACCAACACCACCCUAGCAACAAGACCCAGGGAGAUAUUCAGUGCGUGUUAGUAACUGCGCAGCAACACCCUAGAAACCACCAUCCCCUCCAUAGUAACAAGACACAGGAAAUAACCCAGAACACUUACUUAAAUACCUGCAUAGCAACACCCUAGCAACCACCAACACCACAAAAGCAAGCAUAUAGCAAGACUUGAGCUAUUCACAGCAGUUAAUAGCAGGAUCUUGGUUCUGAGUGGCAGACGCACACACAGGGAGGGUGUUUUUACUGAUGUGUCUGGGUUGAUGCAGAUAAAGCUUCGGCUGGAGAAGAACUGAUGCAGUUACUUUAAUGUAAAUGAAGGAUUAUUUCACCGCUCUCAUGUUUUGUGAAGAUCAUAUCUCAACAGAGGACAGGAGAUAUGAUAUUUAGCAUGGUUAUUUUCUUGUCAAUGAAGAUAUUUCCACCCUGGUUCUGAUUAUUUAUUUUGAUGCAAAUCCUUUAGAUCAGUGGUUCUCAAACUUUUUUUCAUCAAGCACCACCUCAGAAAGAAAUGGUCUCUCCGAGUACCCCCAUAAUGAGCAGUACUGAAAUACAGCAGCGCAGUAAACCCAGCAGCUACAGCUCUGCACAGUUCAAAACCGUGGCAGAUUAAUUCCUAUUAUUAACAAAAUGCAAUGAUGUGAGCUAAUUUAAACAUAUUCUGAACAUUAACAAUGUAGUGUGCUUAUAUGUGAUAAAAACUAACAAACGAAAAAACUAAAAAUGUCAACAUUUAAAUUAAAAUGUGCUUUUAAAAGUUAUAAAUGAAAUGUUACUGUCCUUAAAGUAAAAAGAAAAGUGCUGUAA